AUGCAGAAAACCGAUCACUGUGAGCUCACGUAUUGAGGAAAAAUGAGGUUCCUGUUCCUCACCCUCGUCCUGAUCGCAGCCUGCUUCUAUUGCAGCACAGCCCAAGCAAACUCAUUUGAAGACUGCUGUUUGAAAUACACGAAAGUGAAAAACCCCAGGAGGGUUCAGAAGCACAUCAUUAGUUACCAGAUACAGAGCACCGGUGGAGGUUGCAACUUAGCGGCAGUGAUCCUCAAGCUGAGGAACGUGAGAAUCUGUGUUAACCCCACAGACCGGUGGGUCAGAAGUUACGUCAACUUAACUCAAAGGAGGUCAGUUAAGAGGAGGUGCAAGCAACAUCCCAAAUUCUGCAAAAGCUGGCACAAAGGUCUGAAUACCAUAACCUCCUACAAAGCUAAAUCUUGCAACAUGAGGAACAGCAGAGCUUCGUUUCCAGAUGAGCUCAAUGCCGUCUAUGCUCACAUUGAUCACCAGAACAGGGAGAAAUCAUCACGCACCCCCACGUCUCCCUGUGAUCCUUUGGCCUCAGUAUCUGAAGAUGACAUGCGGGCUGCCUUCCAGGGAGUGGAUCCAAGGAAGGUGUCUAUUCACGAUGGCUUUACACACCGCCUGCAGCUCUGGAUCGGUGGCUGA